AUGGUCAAGAUUGCUGUAGCAGGAGGCACAGGCAACGUCGCAACUGAGAUUCUCCGCGUCGCAAUCGCUUCAGGCAAACAUGAAAUCACCAUCUUCACACGGUCGCAACCCUCGAAACCAAGCCCAGACGUGUCGUAUAAGACGGUCGACUACCACGACCGCGCAUCCCUCACUAAAGCUCUCGGUGGCUUCGACGUCUGCCUCAGUUUCUUAGUCGUGCAUCUAGACACAGACUGCACUGUGCAGAAGAAUCUCAUCCAUGCGAGUAUGGCAGCGGGGGUGAAGCGUUUUGCCCCAAGCGAGUGGGGCAUCAAAAACAACUCGGGCGUACCGCCAUAUGCGAACAAAGACGAGAUCGCGCGGUACCUCGCUGAACUGAAGAAUAAGGGGGAGUUGGGGGGGAUGCAGUACUGUCUGUUCCAGCCGAGUAUCUUCAUGGACUACUUUGCGCAUCCAUAUUCGCUGUCGCCGGAAUUGAUCACGUGGCCGUUCUUUGUCGACUACGAGAAUAGAAGGGCGAUGGUGCUUGAUGACGGGGACCAGCCUAUGGUUCUCACUGCGAUUGCGGACGACUCUGCGAUGUUGGCGAGGGCGCUCGAGGAUCCGGAGGCGUGGCCGGCGGUUGGUGGGAUUCGCGGGUGUCGCACUACGAUCAACGAGCUGGUUGCGCUGGGGAAGAAGAUUCGCGGGGGCGAGUGGAAGAUUGAACAUGUGCGUGGCGAGGACAUUAAGAAGGGUGUGUUUUCGACGAGUUGGGUUCCGCAGGUAAGCCAUCCGGUGAUUCCGGACGCAGAUCGCGAGCAGUUCUCCAAGGACUUUGUCGUUAUGUUUUUCCAGGGCAUCUUGAAUGGGUCGUGGGAUGUGACGGAUGAGUGGAAUGGGAGGUGUCCCGACUAUAGGUUCACGGGACUGGAAGACUAUCUGACCAAGGCAUGGGAGGGCAAGGCAUGA